CGAGAGUGGAGGCGAGUGGCGCUGCGGUGCACCGGGACGCGACGCAUAUCGUGUAAAUAAACGUUCCCGAAACGUUCCGUCGUGCUCGAAGUUGAAUCAAGCUGAAUAUUCCCCUCAAAAUGCCGAUCUUGGACAAGAGAAAGGGGGACGACAUUCUCGCGCUGGUGCCCGCGUCGAAGAGAACCAAGAAUGAGGUCGUCUUCAGCAGCAGGGAGAAGGCGGUCGUUCAGAGCGGCCCACCGCGGACGUCCGCCCUGAUGUCGAUGAUAAUGCUGCUGGAGGGACACCAGGGAGACAUCUUCUCCAUAGAAUUUCACCCGGAGGGACAGUACCUCGUGUCCACGGGAUUCGAUCGACAGAUCUUUAUCUGGAAUGUUUACGGGGAGUGCGAGAACAUUGGCAUCAUGACUGGACACAGCGGUGCCGUGAUGGAGUUACAUUUCAGUCCAGACGGUAAUCACCUGUACACAGCCAGCACGGACAUGACGCUGGGCCUGUGGGAUAUAGUGGCCGGGACGCGAGUCAAGAAGCUCAAGGGCCACACCUCGUUCGUGAAUUCCGUGUCAGGGGCGCGACGGGGACCCACGCUGCUCUGCUCGGGCAGCGACGACAGCACGAUACGUGUCUGGGAUCCUAGGAAGCGGGGUCAGUGCUACACGUUGAACAAUACGUAUCAGGUGACCGCAGUGACGUUCAACGAUACGGCGGAACAGGUGAUCAGCGGCGGGAUCGACAACGACAUAAAGGUGUGGGAUCUUCGGAAGAACGCGGUGCUCUACAAAUUGAAGGGACACACCGACACCAUUACCGGACUCAGCCUCAGCCCCGAUGGAUCGUACAUACUUUCCAACGCCAUGGAUAACACGCUCAAAAUAUGGGACGUGAGGCCGUUCGCGCCCUAUGAGCGCUGCGUCAAGAUACUGUCCGGGCAUCAGCACAACUUUGAAAAGAAUCUUCUGAGAUGCGCGUGGUCACCGGACGGUAGCAAAGUUUCGGCGGGUUCGUCGGACCGAUUCCAUUACAUCUGGGACACCACGAGUCGUAGGAUAUUGUAUAAACUACCAGGACACAAUGGAUCUGUGAACGACAUCGAUUUCCAUCCGAAGGAACCCAUAGUGUGCUCGGGAUCUAGCGACAAGCAAAUCUACUUGGGCGAAAUCGAGAUUUAAUAAGCGCGGGACUUGAUUAAUAUAUCUAUCGUAUUUGUAAAAAGAAAAACUGAGGGAGAAACGUUUGUGAAUAUCGGCAA